CAACACUAUUACGCAGUGAAACACUGUUUGAUAUAAAUUUCCUUCUAAAUAUUUCUGCACUCUCACUUAUACAGAUUUUUUCGUCAAGAGUACUCUACUCUCUCUCACUAUAACUCCAGGUGUAUCAAUUAUUUAGCCAAGAUAGAAAACAAUGCGAUUUAAUCUGUCAUUAACAGAAAAAUUAUGGACAAAUGUAUUUGUAUUAUUGAAUUGUCUAUUUGUGGUUUUCGGGUUCAUACUAUUCGUUAUUGGUAUUAAAGCACAAACAACUUUGGUGAAAUACAAUACAAUAAUUAGAGCUUCGACACCGGCAAUAUUUCCAACAGUUAUCUUUUGUGGAAUCUUCAGCAUGGUAGUUGCUUGUAUUGGUUUCGUUGGUCUGUGGAAAAGAAGACAGUUGAUUUUCAUUAUACAUGCUGUCGGGUUAGGCAUUGUUACAAUUACCCAAUUGGCUGUAGCCACAGCAUCCGCUGUAGUUCACGAUAAAUUUGGUACUGUUGCAGGUGAAGCUUUACGUGCUGCAGUUCGUUAUUAUUACUACAGACCAGAAUAUCAAACAGAAUUUGAUAAAAUUCAAACGAAUUUAAAAUGUUGUGGAGCUAUGUCUUUCUUGGAUUAUCGACGAAUUGGUGCUAAUGUACCAUUCUCGUGUCGUGUUGGUGAUUUAGUCUACGCUGAGGGUUGUGCUCGUGCCUUGACUCAAUUAAUUCAACACUAUAUCCUUGUGAUCAUGAGCCUAUGCUUCAUUUUCGCAAUUAUUGAAAGUUUCUUCUUAAUUCUAUCAAUUUUAUUGUUGAGAAAAUCUGGAUUAAAGGAUGAAUCGGUGUAAACAAAAAAACUAUUUUACUGAUAUAUUUUUGUGGUCUUAUUCUGAUUGCUUAUGUUGUCGUCAUAAUUUUGAUUUCGUUUUAAAACUCGUCAAUUUCUCGUCUGACUGUGUUGUGUUCUCGUUUCGCGCGUAUUUAAUUUAAUUUAACACGUAACUAAAGAAGACAAGAUGAUAAUAUACCGGAAGGAAAACAAAAAAACGAGAUAUAUAUUGCAAAUUGAACAUAUAUUAAUAUAAAUAUAUAUUCAGUAAUAUAUCUAUAUACUACUCAUUAAUAGAAUGCGGAAAGUAAACUACAGUCAGUCAGUCAGUCCAUCGAUUAAUUAAUUAAUUGUUCGUAACCAUUGACAACGUUAUAAUGAUCCGUGUAACAUUUCAAAAUUUACAAAAAAUAAUACUUAAUAUAAUAAUAAUAAUAAUAAUUGAUUUAUUUAUUUUACUAUUUAUUGUCAUUAUAAUCGUCAUUAAAACAAAGUAUACAUUUUAAUUGGCUUGACUUUUGCGCAUACUACUGAUAUGAUUUAAGUGACCAAUAAAUAGUAUUGACCUUUGAGGUGAUCACUUUAUUCUCAUGAAAGAUUUCAUUGAAAGGCGUCGAUUUUAUGUCAUCAAUAUGAUUAAUAACUGAGGAUAUUCAAAUUAACACCAUUUGGAUGUCCAUUGGAGUUCAUUAAUGAUAUACUGGCAAUAUCUUAUAAA